CAUUACAUUAUAAAUCUAGAUAAACUGUCAGUUGAGCACCACUCACCAUAACCCCAAAAGAAAUUGUCAAUCUCACCUUGUCACAAAGGAGAAGUAAUGUCAAGAAGUUUUCUUGCUCUGCUGCUUUUCAUGUUUCUCACAAAAAUUUCAGUGAAUGGGCAACUAGAAGAAUGGUGCAUAGCAGAUGAACAGACACCAGAUACUGAGUUGCAAGUGGCUUUAGAUUGGGCAUGUGGGAAAGGGGGUGCAGAUUGUAGCAAGAUUCAAAAGGACCAGUCUUGUUAUUAUCCAAAUACUGUAAGAGAUCAUGCUUCUUAUGCCUUUAAUAAUUACUUUCAGAAGUACAAGAAGAAAGGUGGAACCUGUUUCUUCAACAAUGCUGCCAUGGUUAUUCAAGUUGAUCCUAGUCAUAAUUCUUGCCACUACGAGUACAUGCCCUAGUACUUUGUGUUUUUCAAUCUCUUAAACGCCAAGUUCAGGUUUUCAUCAUUUAUGCCAAGAAAGAUAAUCAUGGAGAUUAGACAACUGACUAUAUCCUGGUUUUGAGUAGUUGAAUUCAAUACGCUGUAGCAUUUUUGCAAUUAAAGAUUCAAGAUAAGAGGCUGCUAAUCAUGCAAUUGUGACAUC